CCCCUCUACGUUUUCGGUCAUUGUUUGGCAUAAGGAGAAACGACCCUAGCCUCAGCUAACGUGCUAGCUGAAGGCUAGCUGGAAAUUAAAAGAGGUUCAGACUCUCAUGCGCCCAUAUAUCUUUCCAACGUUUAUUUGAGAGACUGUCAGAUUCACAAUGAGCAAGAGGAAAGCGCCACAGGAGUCCCUAAAUGAGGGAAUAACAGACUUUCUCAUCGAGUUGGCCAACUACGAGAAAAAUGUCAACAGAGCAAUACACAAAUACAAUGCAUACAGGAAAGCAGCAUCUACCAUUUCUAAGUACCCUCACAAGAUCAAAAGUGGAGAAGAGGCCAAGAAACUGGAUGGUGUUGGAGCUAAAAUCGCAGAAAAGAUUGAUGAGUUUCUGCAAACUGGCAAACUCAGGAAACUGGAAAAGAUCCGAAAUGAUGACACUAGCUCUUCUAUCAAUUUCCUCACCAGAGUUACUGGAAUUGGACCGGCUGCUGCCAGGAAGUUUGUUGAAGAAGGGGUGAAGACUUUAGAAGAUUUGAAAAAGGUCGAGCACAAGCUAAACCAUCAUCAACAGAUUGGACUGAAGUACUUUGAAGAAUUUGAGAAAAGGAUUCCAAGAGCUGAAAUGGAAAAGAUGGAGACUCUUAUUAUUGGAGAGUUGAAGAAAAUUGAUCCAGAAUACAUUGGAACAAUCUGUGGAAGCUACAGGAGAGGUGCUGCAUCAAGUGGUGAUAUUGAUAUUUUGCUGACCCACCCAAACUACACCUCUGAGACUGAGAAGCAGCCAAAGCUCCUCCAUGCCGUGGUUGAUCAUUUGGAAUCCAUCGGGUUUGUGACCGACACACUGUCCAAAGGAGACACCAAGUUCAUGGGAGUCUGCCAGCUGCAGCAGAAUGAUGAGGAUGAGGAGGAAUAUCUUCACAGGCGUAUUGAUAUUAGGUUAAUUCCCAAAGACCAAUACUACUGUGGAGUUCUGUAUUUCACUGGGAGUGACAUCUUCAAUAAAAAUAUGAGGACUCAUGCACUGGAGAAGGGCUUCACUCUCAAUGAGUACACCAUACGACCACUGGGAGUUACUGGUGUGGCAGGGGAGCCUCUGUUGGUGGAUAGUGAGAGAGACAUCUUUGAUUACAUCCAGUACAAAUACAGAGAGCCGAAGGACCGCAGCGAGUGACGCAAAGGACACCUUUCAGAUACAUCUGGAUUUAAAGCUACAGCUCUCCAACUAAAAAAAAAAAAAAAAUUGAAAUGUUUCCUGGUGUGUUAGUCUCUUCACUGCUCAGCCAUGACUUUAAAAGAAAACAAUGUGUAACCAUUUUCAUUAGUAUUUGUUUUUGAUUUUUUUUUUUUUUUUAAAUCUGAUCUUCCCCUAAACAUGCCAAAGCUAUGGAAGAGAAAAUAACCCAAGGUUUAAUCCUUCACAUUCAGGCUUUUGCCUCAGUUUUUAAACAGGUUUGUAAAAUCAUGCUCAGUAGUAUUUUUUUACUUCUUUUGUACAUUUAAUUUUUGAUAAGCCAGAAAGGAUAAUAGCCUACAAUGAGCAAUAUUUUGGACUGGCUUCCAUUACAUUUGUCACAAAAGAUGAGGACUGCUAUCAUCAGGGUAUUCUCCUCAACAGUGGUGCUCUUAAACACUUUGUUUUAGUUGUGCAAAGGUUUUUAAAUUAUAGGGAUUAUUUUUUUUAUACUCGUGUUAUUCUUUGGGCAGACUAAUUAUUUGGAAAUUACAAUGAAGCAUGUAAGCUUUAGGAUUCAUGAGCCAAGUUCCUAGUUAUUUACAAACACACCUGGUUUGGGACAGAAUUGGUGUUAAAUUCUUCAGACAAAUGAGAGUUUUCCUCCAUUGCUGGAUGACUGUACUGACAGAAUUGAUGAAUUUCUUUUAUGUGAUUGUGUGAAAUACAUGUAGUGAAAGGUCAUCGCAUUGUAUCUUCAGUGCUUUUAAAGGAGGUUUUUGGAAAGGGAUGGACAAAAGGUGCAAAACUUGAAUUUUUGGAUUAGUAGUUAACUUCGUUUUUGUGUGUUGAUGCAAAUAUGUCAGCAAAUAUUUAAGAAAAGAAAAACAUCUGUGAGGUUGUUGAUGCCCAGCUGUUCAUUUUAAGUAUGUAUAAGUGAAAUAAAUGCAAAAAAAGAUACAAAGAUA